UUUAAAUUAUUUUUAUUUAAAUUUAUAUAAUAAAAUUUUUAAUAAUUAAUUAUUAUUUUAAUUUUGUAAAUUAUCCUAGGAAUCCCGGAAAUAAUAUUUUUUUACCCAAAUUCCCGGAAUGCCCCGGAAUUUUAAUAUUAUUUGAGUUAACAUGACACCAGAUGUUUACGGCGAUAGGAGUAGAUUAAUUAUAAAAAACAUUCCAAACAGUUUGGAUAAUAAAUCACUUGAGAAGUUGGUUACGAAAAAAUGUAAAGAUUUGGGCGUUACUAAGUCUGACAUUCGCCUCCUUACCAAGGAGAAAAAGGUAAAUAAUGAAGUUAAAAGAGUCUCCAAAGGCAUUUGUUACGUAGGAUUUAUCUCCGAAAGUGACGCCACCAAGUUUCUCAACCACUACAACAACACCUACUUCAACUCAUGCAAAGUUUCCAUCGAAUACUCCAAAAUCAUUACUAACAAUGAGAUUAACGGGGUAAAAGGGGUCAAGGGAGUGAAAAAUGGUAUAACUAAGGCUAUAGAUAAUCGUAUAACUGGAGUGAAUGGAGUAGUGGUGGAUGAGGGAAAGGUGGUAACUGAGGUAAAGCCUGUGAAAGCUGGUGUUUCAUCUAAACGUGUUCACAUCACCUUCGAUGAUUCCGAUUCAGAACAUGACUCAGGUGAUAUUCAAAGGGAUCACUCAGAAUUUCCCUCCAAGAAUGAAAAUUUUACCUCUCCCGACACACCCUGUGCUAUAGAUAUGAACAGAGUAGUGAUAUUUAAUUUACCUUAUAAUGUAACAGAGGAGAUGAUAAGAAAGUUAGUAAAACCUUAUGGUAAGGUGGAGCAAAUCCACAUCCCGCUGACAAAGAGAAAUAUAACAGAAAUCACUAGUGGAAAUGACAUAGAGACUUUUCUAACCCGUGGCAUGUGCUUUGUGACUUUUACUUUCGAGUCUGAUGCCUUGGAAUUCAUUGAACAGAAGAAUAACACCAUUUUCUCCGGCCGAAUCAUCACAGUCUCACAUGCAAAAACUGAGAAAUCGAAUGAUUUGGCUAAUAAAUUUUUACAAAAGUAUGACAAGAGUAAGAAGUACAAGAAUAAAUCAGUGGAUGAGACGAGUUACUCGGAGUUUAAAGCUAAAAAGAGAAAGUCUGAAAUUGAGAACAGGACAAUUUGGAAUAUUUUACACCUUGACAUUAACUCUGCAAUCAAAUCCAUCGCCAAAAAUCUUAACAUAACUUCUGAGGACAUUCUGAGGGGAGAGCAGGCAGGUGUAAAUGCGGCAAUCUCCGAAUCCUUCAUCCUCAACAAGGUUAAAAAAUGGUUAUCGGACCAAGGCAUAAACUCUGAAGUCACAGACUAUAAGGAAGAUUUAUACGAUGACAUUUUGCUAAUUAAGAACUUACCUCAUGACACUGAGGACAGGGACUUGAUCAGGUUAUUCAGUUCCUGCGGGAAGAUUACGAGGUUUACUACCUCACCUUUUAAACUACUUGGGCUAGUACAGUUCAGUAGUAAAUCAGAAUGUGAUAAAGCCUUUAGAACUUUGUCCUAUAGAAUGUUCCAAGGCUUACCCUUAUACCUUCAGAAAGUGCCAAAAUCACUUUUACCCAAUGUUAACACUGUACAAUCAGAUGGUAUAGAAAUUGAUUCUGGACCACAGCGGGACGGUGUUGAGUCAAAUGAAGUAGUAGAUAAAGUAGAUGACACUUUGGACCCAGAUGACACUGUGGACGCAGAUGAAGUUGACCAAAAUGGAACGGCUGAGGAACCAGAAAGAGCAGUUGAGAGGAUAGGACAUGUGAGUGUGUAUGUGAGUAAUAUAGAUGAGAGUGUGAGUGAGGAGGAGUUUUCUAGGCAUUUUUCAGGUUUAAAAGGCUUUGUGAUAUCAAAAAUCAUCAAGCCUCACGGUACAAAAUUGGAGGAAAAAUCCUCAGCUCGCUACGGAUUUAUCGAAUUUGACAGCAUAAAUAACGCGAAGGAAGCGAUUAAAAGACGCAUUGGCACAGUAAUCGGCACUAAAAUCAUAAGCUUAGAACUGUCAAAGAAUAAACAAACGAUAUCAAACUACAGUAGCCGUAAGCAUAAGGACCCAGGACCUACUGAGGAAAACGACGUGAUAAUAGUAAAGAAUUUACCAUUUCAAGCGACGAAGAAGGAGUUGCUGGAACUGUUCAAAUACUAUUCCAAUGUCAAGACUGUGAGGAUUCCGAAAUCCGCUGGAAACACGCACAGAGGCUUUGGGUUCGUCGUUUUCAUGUCCAAAAACGACGCCAAACUCGCAAUGGAAAAUUUAAAAAACGUACACCUCUACGGGAGAAGAUUAGUCCUACAAUACGUCGAAAACUCACAAUAG